AUGUUCUCCAUUAGGGAUCUCAGCAUUAUAUGUAAAAAUUUAGACCCUAACAUGAAAGAUAUAAUUAAGGAGUUUAUCUUGGAUCAAAGUCUUGUGAACUCGGAGGGGAAUCUAUAUAUAGGUAGAAUUCGGGAUAAAAAGGCAAUAUUAAUAUUUCCAAGACAAUCAGUUUCAAAAGAUACCUUUAUCCAGUUUUUGUCCCUUCCAAUGGAAAAUAUCCAAUCAAACAACAUAUAUUAUUCAUACAGGGUUUUGGGCCCUAUUUAUAUCAACUUCAGGGUCAUCUAUCCAGCAACUGAAGAUCAUAUCAAGAAAUAUUCUCCAAGACUUGUUUAUGUUAAGGAGACCUAUAAGGAAUACCUAGACUUUAUAAAUAACCAUGCUCAUAUAAGUACUAAUUGGAUGGAUAACAUUACUUUAAAGAACAAAAGGAAUGUAAAUGAGAAUAUCUUGUAUGAGGAUGGAGAAAUAAUGAUCAUUCCAGACUAUAAAUGGAAUUGCCAGAACAUAGAUGCCCUUCAUCUUCUGAUAAUAUUCAAGGAUCUUGGUCUAAAAACGGUAAGAGAUAUAGAUAACUGGGAAAUUUUAGUAAGAGCACAGGAGAAAGCAAGCAAUGUUUUAGAAACCAUGUUCUCUUUGGAUUUCAACCAUGUUUUUAUGUUCUUUCAUUAUAGACCAACGUAUCUCAGGUUGCAUAUUCAUGUCAUAAACAUAAAAAUCGCCUAUGAGGGAACGGCAUCAUCCAUAAGGGCUAUUCCAUUGCAUGAUGUCAUUCACAACCUACGUACCGAUCCAAGUUAUUAUAAGAAAGAUAUGUUUGUGUUGCAAUCCGAGAUAAGCUAG